CUCCACUCUGGGAUCUCUUUGUUGUUCCUGACCCUUUCAAGUCUCUCUUGCUCCUGGUCGAACUCGGUCUCUUUCAGUGUUUGACCGUUCUCUCUCCUCAACAAAGACAGACCUCAUACUCAAGGUCACCAUCAUCUUACCCCUCCGAAGUCUCCACCCCACAGUCUCCGCAAUGCUUCAAGUUCCCAUGCGGGAUCACGCCAAUGCGGCCUCCACCAAAGCCAUCAUCUUGGUCGGAGGCCCAUCCAGGGGUACUCGUUUUCGCCCUCUGUCCUUGGACAUGCCCAAGCCCCUCUUCGAGGUUGCCGGUCACCCUAUUAUCCAGCACUGUCUGAAAGCUCUUGCGAAAAUCCCCGAUAUCCGCGAUGUGGCCCUGGUCGGCUACUACGACGAGACCGUCUUCCGCGACUUCAUCAAGGACUCUGCCAAGGAGUUCCCCCAAUUUCGUAUCCAGUAUCUACGGGAAUACACCGCUCUGGGGACCGCCGGCGGUCUCUACCACUUCCGCGAUGCCAUCCUCAAGGGCAAGCCGGAGCGCAUCUUCGUCUUGAACGCAGACGUCUGCUGCUCGUUCCCGCUCGUGGAGAUGCUGAAACUGUUCGAGGAGAAAGACGCAGAGGCGGUCAUCUUAGGAACCCGCGUCAGCAACGACACGGCCACCAACUUCGGGUGCAUCGUGUCCGACUCGCACACGAAGCGGGUGCUGCACUACGUCGAGAAGCCCGAGUCGCACAUCUCCAACCUGAUCAACUGCGGCGUCUACCUCUUCGCCACAGAGUGCAUCUUCCCCUCCAUCCGCAGCGCCAUCAAGCGCCGCACCACCCGUCCCCGCCUCGUCUCCUACCCCUCCUCCGAAAACCUCGAUACCUCCUUCAUCGCCGCCGACGACGAGUCCGAGCAGAGCGAAGUCCUCCGCCUGGAACAAGACAUCCUCUCCGACCUAGCCGACAGCAACCGCUUCUUCGUGCACGAGACCAAGGACUUCUGGCGCCAGAUCAAGACCGCCGGGUCCGCCGUGCCCGCCAACGCCCUGUACCUGCAAAAGGCCUUCCAGGCGCAAUCGGACGAGCUCAUGGCCCCGUCCGCCACCAUCGUACCCCCCGUGUACAUCCACCCCUCCGCCGAGGUCGACCCCACCGCGAAGCUCGGCCCCAACGUGUCGAUCGGCCCGCGCGUGGUCGUGGGCGCUGGCGCCCGCGUCAAGGACUCCAUCGUCCUGGAAGACGCCGAGAUCAAGCACGACGCCUGCGUGAUGCACUCCAUCAUCGGGUGGAGCAGCCGCGUCGGCGCCUGGGCGCGUGUAGAAGGCACCCCGAUCCCAAUGGGCAGCCACUCGACCAGCAUCGUCAAGCAGGGCGUCAAGGUCCAGAGCAUCACCAUUCUCGGCAAGGAGUGCGGCGUGGGUGACGAAGUCCGGGUACAAAACUGCGUGUGUCUGCCAUUCAAGGAACUCAAGCGUGACGUCUCCAACGAGGUUAUCAUGUAGAGCCCAGUCGAUGUGGGAUUUCUCCCCUAGGAGUGCAUAUGACCUGUUCUUUCUAAUUCCAACUGUUGUGAUGGAUGUAUCCUGCCAAUCUAAGCUUUCUUGUCGAUCUAUAUUCAGC